ACACAGGCGACACUCCAAAGCUGCACUCUUUCUUCUUCUCUCAGUCCACCAUAAAAGUAUGUAGCAUUAAAGUGCAUCCGUCCAAAAAUGUAAAUAGAACCAUCUUUCCCAAGCGAUAUUGAAUUUUUAUUUAAUGCAACUUUGCAAGCGAAGCUUUAAAACUUCCUUUAAUGGCGGUUUUGUGUUGGGUCCAUGGGAAACUCUUCCUUCAUUCACAAGGUGAGCUCUUCUCGGAUAUAUGAGUUCUCAAAUCCCCCAACCUUGACCACCUCUCGAACCCCAUUACCCAUGCAAUAAAGAAUUCAUAUUUUGGGCUUUGAUGCAAUAAAGCCCUCGUCUUUGCCUUCUUCUUCCGCUUUUUUGACCCACCUUCUUCAUUUCCAUGGAUUUCUCUUCUCCUUUGUUCAUAAAAUAUGCGAUCUUGGCUUGCGCACUGCUGUUCUCCUGCAUUUUUUAUGGAGCUUCAUCGUCUCCCUGCCACUCCGGCGACCUUGUAGCUCUCCGGAACUUCGCCGGAACCCUAACCAACGGCUCUAUUCUCCUCUCCUGGCCCGGCGACGAUGCCUGCUGCCUCUGGGAUGGAGUAUGCUGCUCUCAGGAUUCAAAUGCGGCCUCCAAUCUCAGCAGAGUAACCCACCUUCUUCUCCCAAAUCGUGGUCUCGAGGGUUCCAUAUCUCCUGCCCUCUCCAAUCUUGACGAGCUCCUUUCUCUCGACCUAUCAAGCAAUCUCCUUUCUGGCAGCAUUCCGCUGGAACUCUCCCUUCUCCGCCGGCUCAACCAUCUUGACCUCAGCCACAAUGCUCUUUCUGGACCAGUCACCGCCAUCUCCGCCAUCAACACUCUUCAAUCACUGAAACUCUCUUCCAAUUUCUUCAAAGCCUCACUAACUGAUCUUGGAGUUGACUUGCUCAAUCUUAUAUAUCUAAAUAUCAGUAACAAUUCGUUCUACGGUUCCCUCACUCCCAGCAUCUGCAUUGGAUCAACUUUGAUUCAAGUUGCUGACAUUUCAAUGAAUUCCUUCUCCGGCGAACUUGAUGGGAAUAUUUUCUCUAACUGCAGCGCUUCGCUAAAGGAAUUGAAUUUGGGUUCAAAUUUUCUUACAGGUAGCCUCCCCGAUUCGCUCUUCGAUUUGAUUUCAUUGCAAAUGCUGUCUCUUUCAUUCAAUAAUUUCUCCUGCGGUUUGAGUGAGAGAUUAAACAAGCUCUCAGAACUAAGGAGAUUGAUUAUCUCCGGCAAUAGAUUUUCUGGUGAACUUCCUGACGUGUUUGGAAAUCUAUCAAUGCUUGAGCAGCUCAUUGCUGAUUCAAAUUCAUUCUCUGGAGAGCUUCCCAGAUCUGUUGGAGAUUGUUUCAAACUUAAAUAUUUGGAUUUGAGAAACAAUUCAUUGACCGGGAGCAUUAAUAUUGAUUUCUCUGGCCUGACUUUGCUCACUACUCUUGAUCUCGCAAGCAAUAAUUUUGAGGGCGAUCUCCCUUCCAGCCUCUGUAAUUGUCAGCAGCUUCGAAUUCUUAGCUUCGCAAAAAAUAGAUUGUCUGGAGAGAUUCCUAAAGAGUAUGCAAAGCUAGAAUCUCUCUCUUUCGUAUCACUCUCCAAUAACAGCUUCCAUGACGUUUCAGGAGCAAUGGCAGUAUUCCAGAGCUGCAAGAAUCUAUCAGCACUGAUUCUCACCAAGAAUUUUCAUGGUGAACUCAUCCCUGAAUUAUCCUAUGAUUUCAGGAAUUUGUCGAUUCUGGCGCUCGGAAACUGUGCUCUUUUCGGCAAAAUACCAUUUUGGCUCACAAACUGCAUUAACCUGCAGGUCCUUGAUUUGUCCUGGAACCAUUUGAGCGGAACAAUUCCUCCAUGGAUGGGCCGGUUUGAUAGAUUGAUAUACUUGGACAUUUCAAACAAUUCGCUGAGUGGCAAAAUCCCAAAGAGCUUCACAGAGCUGAAGAGCCUUAAACUCAUUCAUGCUUACAUAAAUCCAAACUCAAUGAGUGAGCCAUUAUACGUGAAGCAUAACCGGAGCGUCGGCGGAUUACAGUAUAAUCAAAUAUCUGGUUUUCCACCAGCAAUAUAUUUAAAUGAUAAUGAAAUUAAUGGCACAAUUUGGCCUGAAUUUGGGCAGCUGAAAGCUCUUCAUGUGUUGGAUUUGAGCAACAAUCAUAUCACUGGAACUAUCCCUGAAACCAUUUCGAAUAUGCAGAACUUGGAAAUUUUAGAUCUUUCUUCUAAUGCUCUCAAUGGAACCAUUCCUUCUUCUCUGAGCAAGCUCACAUUUUUAUCAAAGUUUAAUGUGGCACAUAACAAUUUGCAUGGAGAAAUACCAACUGGAGGCCAAUUCUUCAGCUUCUCAAACUCGAGCUUUGAGGGCAAUCCAGGACUAUGUAGAGCAUCUGAUCCUUGCAUUGAGAGCUCAGUGGGUGUGGGACGAACUCGAGAACUCCCUGCCGGCAUUGGUAGCAGGAUCGGAAAGAGUACCAUACUUGGAAUAAUUAUUAGUGUAGCGAUCGGAAUUGUGGUGCUCCUGGGUGUCAUAUUGCUCAACUUGUCAAGCAAAGAGGUUGGCGGCCAGGGGGAGGUUGAAGAUGAAGUGGAAGAAGGAUCAAGGAGAUCUUUUGGUUCAACUUCGAAGAUGGUGUUGUUCUUUCAGGGUUCUGAUAGUAAGGAUUUAACCAUUAAUGAUCUUCUGAGAGCUACAAAUGGUUUUGAUCAGGCCAACAUAAUUGGUUGUGGUGGUUUUGGGCUGGUUUACAAGGCUUAUCUUCCUGAUGGAACAAAGGCUGCAAUUAAGAAGCUUACAGGUGAUUGUGGGCAGAUGGAACGAGAAUUUCGUGCCGAGGUAGAAGCUCUUUCGAGAGCCCAACACAAGAAUCUUGUAUCCUUAAAAGGGUACUGCAGGUAUGGUGACGAUCGGCUACUCAUAUACUCCUUCAUGGAGAAUGGAAGCUUAGACUAUUGGCUUCAUGAGAGAAUGGAUGGAGGCUGUCUUCUCUCAUGGAAGACAAGGUUGAAGAUUGCUCAGGGAUCAGCAAGAGGACUGCAAUAUCUACACAAAGUUUGUCAGCCCAACAUCAUUCACCGCGACGUGAAAUCCAGCAACAUUCUACUGGACGAAAGAUUCGAAGCUCACUUAGCCGAUUUCGGCCUCUCCAGACUCAUUCGUCCCCAUGACACCCACGUCACCACCGAGCUCGUCGGCACUUUAGGCUAUAUUCCACCGGAGUACAGCCAGACUCUGAUAGCUACUCCUAAAGGUGAUGUUUUUAGCUUUGGCGUGGUGAUAAUGGAGCUUCUGACGGGAAGGAGGCCUGUGGACGUUUGUAAGGGAAAGGGUUGCAGGAAUUUGGUUUCAUGGGUGUUUCAGAUGAGGGGGGAGGGGAAGGUGGAGAUGGUGUUUGAUGAGACAAUGUGGAGGAAGGAAGAUGAGGAUGAGUUGAUGAGGGUGCUGCAUAUUGCUUUUAGCUGUGUUUCUGCUGAUCCAAAGCAAAGGCCUUCCAUUGAUGAAGUUGUUCUGUUGCUUGAUCGAGUUGGGAGUGAUUAAUGAUUUUCUUUUCUUUUGUUGUAUUCUAUCUUUUUUAUUAUUAUAAUUUUUUUUUAAUAUAGUUGGAUGUGUGAAUUAUUUUAAGGAAUUCAAAGGGUUGGAGAUGAGAAUUUGGAGGAAUUUGUGGGUAUGAAGUAUUUUAAAAAUUGAUUGAUUUA